UAUAGGAAUAUUUUCAUAUGCACGUGUAAUGAGUAAUACUCAUUUCCAAAUGUAUUAUUUUAAGAAACGAAUUAUGAGUGCGAAUUAUGUUUUUUAUUAACUAUUUAAGAUACUAAUUACACAAAAAUCGUAUGAAAACUCCGUCGGGAUAGCAUUCCAAGCGCGAGUAUCCAUGGAAACGAGUUUCUACUGUACCUGUAUCAUUAGAGCGGAUUUUCUUAUUGUGUAACACUUGUACUAUGACACCGGAAUUUUCUGAUCGUCUGCGAAAAUGGUGACUUGAACGUGCAAGUAUUGGAUUUACGCUAAAUAAUCGCAUAUUUGCAUUAAACUAUGGAUGCCAGGACGAGAGAAAUGUCUGCUCGGCGCUGUGUUUUACGGGCGUACGGGGCGGUCUCGUUAACACAGCUCUGCCUGGGGCUACUACUCAUCAUCAGCGGAAUGUUGGCCCUAAAGUACACACAAGAUGAAUUCCACAUAUCCCGACCACCUUACUUCCUGGGGGCGUUCUUGGUCGGAAUUAUAAUUAUAUGCGGAGGUAUUUGUUCUCUCUACGUAUUCAUAACGGAGGCCCCUCUUCUGGACUACUACUACUUAGACCCGCCUUCAGCCAACAAAAUUAAACGAGCAGUAACAGGAAAUACAGUGACUUCUGUUCUGUCGUUAAUCGGCUGCCUGCUCGGCCUUUUAGUCUGUGUCGUUUUCGCUGUUGGACCAUGUGACACAGACAUGUGGUUUUCUAAAUGCAGCUUUACACAAAACAAAACGGAACACAGAGCCUUAGCCAUAUUCAUCACAGUGUUUCUAUGCUCAAGUACUAUUUUGUCAGUGUAUGCAUCGCUUAUGUCGUGUAUACACGGCUGGGUGUUCGAUUUCGGCGCGAGUGCGGUGCAAAUGCGUAGGCGGAAGUCACACGAGGAUGGUGAUGACGCUGCGCGCCCAGUUUCCGGUUUCCAACCAGUGCCAGUUUUUGACAUUGACGAAAAUAACUUCCCUCAUGAUGAUGAUAUGCCAACGUCCAAUAAAUAUAGCAAUGCAACAUCAUCUUUUAAACGUCCCAGAGAAGAGCGAACCGGAACUUACCAAGGCGAUCACGUGACAUUCGGGGAUGAUCACGUGGCUGCUUUAAAACACCACAUCCAAUCACAACAGCCACAGCCUCAACAAUACGUUGCCGUUUUAAAUGAUCCCGCAAUGAAACAGAUACUUAAGGAAAGAAACAGUCGGCUACAAGAAACUUGAGAAAAAAUGUGUUCGAAAUACGUAUAUUUUCUUAUAAAUAUUAUUCUUGUAACUGUGAGUGUAACUUAGGUUUCUCAUGGGUGUAGUGCGAGUUAUGUGGGGUAUAUUAUUAGUCGCCUGAAGUUUGGUCACAGUUAUUUGGGUAGGCUCCCAGUUUCACAUAAACGUUAGCACAAAGUUGUAUAAAUGUUGUACCAUUGUUAUGCCCACUGUUUUUGUUUUGGCAUAGAUUGUGCUAUAUUUUGGAGAGGACUGAGCCUUUGAACAGAAAUCUUUAUGAUAAUCACGAUGUUUUGCAAUAUGAAAUAAGAAACGGUUAAGUUUGUUAAUUUUAAGAUUUAUCGAGAGGUCUGGCCAUAUAUGAAAUACAUUUUCUAUUUUUUUAUUUAAUGUUUUUAAUAUGCUUAGUUUAAUUACUGUGUCAAUGAGAGCUUUGCUUUCAGAAAUAAGUGACGUAUGUGGACGUCAAUAUUUUUUAGUUGAAAAUUUAGUUGCAUAACCAAGGGGUCGCAUGGUACAAAAAAAAUCCUAUCCAUUCAUACACGAACACUCGUGAGAAUAUUGCGGAGAAUGGCACCUAGUGUGUUUAAUUGUUUAAACGUUCUGAACAAGUUGUGAAAUAUGUUCAGUUUGUUAUACUAGUAUGUGCUUUAUGGUAAUAUGCAAUUUAUGUUAACCCGCAGGCAAUCCAUGUGGCUCAUAUCAUUGCUGUAUAAUUGAGCGUUUGCUUGUAUUUAUUUCGUGUAAAGAAAGAUAUUCUUGCAAAUAACAUAGUUCAGUCGUCUAUUAUUUGUAUAAAACAUAAAUAAAUAAUAACUAUUAACAACUAAAACAAGUAA